UGAGCUUCUUUCCUGCAUCCGGGCCUGGGUGGGCUGGCUCUGAAGCCUGGAGAGGCAUGGAGGUGCCCGGUGGACCCCCGUCCAGCCCGAGCUCUUCCUCGUGCACCUCGGAUGUCUCUGGGGUCUCAGUGUCCAAGGAGCUGCUGACGGCGGGGAACGGCGGCCGCGGAGGUAUAUGGGACAGGUUGUUCAUCAACUCCAAGCCUAAUUCCAGAAAGAAUUCCACUCUUCAAACAGUUCGGAUAGAGAGGAGUCCCUUAUUGGACCAAGUACAGACCUUUCUCCCACAGAUGGCUCAGGCAAAUGAAAAGCUAAGAAAAGAAAUGGCAGCUGCACCACCUGAUCGUUUCAAUAUUGAAAAUAUCGAUGAAACUCUUGGAAAAGUUAUACAAAUGGAUGUGGCCUUGUUUGAGAUGAAUCAGUCUGAUUCAAAAGAAGAGGACAGUUCAGAAGAGUAUUCAGAAGACAGUUCAGAAUCUGAGGAAGAAGAUGACAGCAGCUCUUCUGAAGUCACCAUAGAUAACAUUAAGCUUCCUCGUUCAGAAGAUCGAAAAGGCAAGAUAGAAGUUUUGGACAGUCCUGCCAGUAAAAAAAAGAAAUAGGGAAAUAAAUCAUCU